UCUCAGGCAACGUAAGUUCAAGAGGUAAGAGGGAAGUUGUGUUUGUAUUGCGAAUUGUGUGUGAAAGUUUAGUUGUUUGUCAGUGUAUUUACAACCUUAGAAUGUUUGUUCAGAUGGGUUGAAUUGCCGAGAGAGAGAGGAAAAGAACUUAAGUUUUUCUUAGAGUAAAUAAAUUGGGUGUAUUACAGGAUGGAGGCGUUAAUACCGGUGAUCAACAAACUGCAGGAUGUGUUCAGUACUAUUGGCGCCGACUCUAUACAGUUACCUCAAAUUAUAGUAGUCGGCACGCAGAGCUCGGGCAAGAGUUCAGUUAUUGAGGGUAUAGUUGGUCGUUCUUUUUUACCACGUGGUGUGGGCAUAGUCACCAGACGCCCUCUGGUACUGCAGCUCAUAUAUAGUCCUAAAGGAAGUACACGUCAUAGGUCAGCUGAAGAAGGCACACUCAACAUUGAAGAAUUUGGGAAGUUCCUUCAUAAAAAGAAUGAAAUAUUUACUGAUUUCAAUGAAAUACGCAAAGAGAUUGACAGAGAAACUGAAAAAGUAGCGGGAUCAAAUAAAGGCAUCAAUGCAAAUCCUAUCACUUUAAAAAUUCAUUCACCACAUGUUGUGAAUUUGACUCUUGUUGACCUACCUGGCCUUACAAAGGUACCUGUUGGUGACCAACCGGAAGACAUUGAAGUUCAGGUACGGGAGUUAGUCUUAAAGUAUAUAAGUAAUCCGAACUCAAUAAUAUUAGCAGUUGUUACUGCUAAUACUGAUAUGGCAACUAAUGAAAGUCUGAAACUGGCAAAGGAAUGUGACCCUGAUGGACGCAGAACUUUGGCUGUAGUAACUAAACUGGAUCUAAUGGAUGCAGGCACGGAUGCAAUUGACAUACUCUGUGGCAGAGUAAUCCCUGUAAAAUUGGGGAUCAUUGGUGUUGUUAACAGAUCCCAGCAGGAUAUAAUGGACAAUAAGUCGAUAGCAGAAUCGCUUAAAGAUGAAGCAACAUUUCUUCAGAGGAGGUACCCAACUUUAGCAAAUAGAAAUGGAACACCUUACCUCGCCAAGACACUUAACAGAAUGCUGAUGCAUCACAUACGUGACUGUUUACCUGAUCUGAAGACAAGAGUGAAUCUUAUGAUAUCACAGUUUCAAACAUUACUUACAUCAUUUGGUGAUGAUGUGUCAGACAAGAGCCAGACACUACUUCAGAUUAUUACAAAGUUUGCUUCAGCCUAUUGUGCUACUAUUGAAGGAACUGCGAGGCAUAUAGAAACUAAUGAAUUAUGUGGUGGUGCUCGGAUGUGUUUUAUUUUCCACGAAACUUUUGGGAGAACUUUGGAUACAAUUCACCCAUUAACAGGCCUUAGUAAAAUGGAUAUAUUAACAGCAAUUCGUAAUGCAACAGGGCCUCGACCAGCAUUGUUUGUUCCAGAGGUUUGUAAAUGUAUAAUGGUGUUCCAGAUAUCAUUUGAACUUCUUGUGAAACGCCAAAUUCGACGCCUUGAAGAGCCUGCUCUUCGCUGUGUUGAAUUAGUCCAUGAAGAAAUGCAGAGAAUCAUCCAACACUGUGGUUCUGAAGUCCAGCAGGAACUAAUGCGUUUCCCUAGGCUUCAUGAAAAAAUUGUGGAUGUAGUAACUCAUUUGCUAAGACGAAGACUACCAGUCACGAAUCAGAUGGUAGAAAACCUGGUAGCAAUUGAACUUGCAUAUAUUAAUACGAGGCACCCAGAUUUUAAUAAAGAUGCAGCACUUGCGUCGUGCUUGUUCUCAACGCCACCGGCUGAAGAAGAUACACCAACACCAAAGCCUACAAAUCUAAAAUAUCCUGAAAAUAAUUUCCCUUACACACCAGUAGAACUGGAAGGGGCCAAGAACUCCUUUGGUGCCAAGUCAAAUGCUGAUGCCAGUGGGUGGCUAUCAAACUUGUUUCCUGCUGGUCGAAUGGACAACAAAGAAAACCAAAGUAUUAGAGAUAAAUCUAUAGAACUUAAUUCUUCUGCUUUACCAAACCAUGUUUUUGAAGCAAAAGGUGUGCUUUCACCUCAAAAGCCAGUAAAUUUGCUACCUGAAGUUCCUGUACAGACAAACAGGAAACUUUCAGAAAAAGAGAAAAGGGACUGUGAUGUAAUAGAACGCCUCAUAAAAGUAUAUUUCUAUAUAGUACGUAAAUCAAUUCAGGAUACUGUACCAAAGGCUGUAAUGCAUUUUCUUGUAAAUUAUGUGAAAGAUAACCUCCAGUCUGAGCUGGUUGCACAUCUUUACAAAUCGGCGCAGGCUGAGGAGCUGUUGAGUGAAGCGGAACAUGUUGCUCAGCGUAGAAAAGAUGCAGCCGAUAUGUUAAAAGCUCUGCAAAAUGCAAGUAGCAUUAUUAGUGAGAUACGUGAAACCCAUGUGUGGUGAAGACUUAAUAGUGACUGGAAACAAUUGAUUUCGUGUUUCCAGAAAAAUCGCAGUUUGCCAGUAGUUUAAUUCAGAUACAUGGAAUGUAUAGCACAUUUGUGACCAUGUAGAUGACUGGGUUUGAAUGCAAAUCUGUUUUAAUUGUGUUUAUUGUUAUUUAUUUGAAUGAUACAUCUGUUUGCAUUUUUUACACAACAUAGAAUGUAGCAAUCAUUAUUAAAUGGUGAAAUUCACAAUUUUCGAA